AAAGGGAUGGAAUGUUUGGAGCCCCAUCAGUGAUGGCAGCGCCUCCUGUCCAACAGAUGUCUCGUAUAGAUCAACCCGUCCCUCCUCAAGUCGGGUAUCCACCUCCACCGCCAUAUGGUCAGCCCCCCACUUAUCCUCCACCUGUGUAUGGUAUGCCCCCGGCUUAUCCCCCACCUCCAACAGUGUAUGGUCCGCACACAGGAUACCCCCCACCUCCACCACGCUAUGGCCACCCCCCUGGUUAUCCCUCACUGCCACAACCACAAGCCGAGGGCUGCCCCUCGCCUCCACAACCACGACCAAAACCACAACUCCAGGGCUACCCCCCAACCACUUAUCCUUCACAAGGUUAUGGUUAUCCUCCAGCAAAUUAUCCUUCAUCCCCCACCUGAUAACAAUAGAUGAACUCCCCUUUUGGUUUUUUUGAGGUUGUACUUGAAUCCUAAUUUUGUUUUCAAUCGAUUUAUGCAUUAGGUAUA